CUGUCAAAACAGUGUAAAUAAAUAAACUCGCAACCGCCACGGGUAAACACGCCGGCCGUCGCACGUUCUUUCGCUGCUUUUGUUACAAUUUUAGCCUUCCCCACACACAAUGGAGCUACUCUCGGACCAGGGCCUUCGGUUGGAUGGCCGGCGAGCGAAUGAACUGCGCCAGAUACACUGCAAAAUGGGUGUCUUCAGCCAACCGGACGGUAGCGCUUACGUCGAGCAGGGCAACACCAAGGUACUGGCGGCCGUCUACGGACCACAUCAGGCAUCCUCGAAGCGAAGCAACUUUGACGAGGCGAUCGUCAACUGCCAGUACAGCAUGGCCACGUUUUCGACGGGCGAACGGAAGAAGCGACCGCGCGGCGAUCGCAAAUCGCAGGAAAUGACGAUCCACCUGAAGCAAGCGCUCAGUGCCUCGAUCAAGAUGGAGCUUUACCCCCGGUCACAGAUCGAUGUGUACAUCGAGGUGCUGCAGGCGGACGGUGGUAACUACUGCGCGUCGGUCAAUGCGGCCACCCUGGCCCUCAUCGAUGCGGGCAUCUGUUUGAAGGAGUACGUGUGUGCGUGCACCGCGUCGCUUGCGAACGGGAACGUACCGCUGAUGGAUGUGUCCCAUCUGGAGGAAACGAGCGGUGGGCCGACGCUUACGGUCGCCUCGCUACCGAGCAGCGGGAAGAUUGCUUUCAUGGAAAUGUCGCAACGAUUCCAUCUGGACCAUCUGCCGAAGGUGCUCGAGACGGCACUGAAAGGCUGCCGGGAGGUGCAGAACGUCAUCGACCAGACAGUGCGCGAGCACGUCACUUACCUCGGACAGGCCGGUGGUUGGGGAAAUGUUCACAAAUAAACCAAAUUUCGAAUGUGCAACGAAAAAAA